AUGGAGGAGAAGACGUAUCCCCAAUAUGACGACCUUAGUUAUGAUGACCUAGCAACAGCUUUUAGUAGGUUAGAUACAAAGGUGAAGGGAGAGGCUAUGUAUGGUGAUGAUCCUAUAGUGAUAACCAAUCUUAAAAGUGAACUGGACUAUGUAAGGAAUCUCAUGGAGAGACGUGCAAUAGCAGAAACAACUUUCACCGAGGGAAGUGACGGAACCGUGAACAUUUCAGGUCCAUCAGGAAACACAACUGUUCCAGGAGUCAACUUCGUGGAAGACCCAAACAAUGUACUUCCAGACGUGCUAGAUGCAUUCAACGAAUCAUUUGACACUGACUGGGAUGAAAUAGAAGCCCGCCUAGAAAGACUAAAUAAGAUUUCAACAGUAAAUAAAAAGAGAGAUUUUGAAAACCAAGUGGAGCGUGUUCAAGCUGUCACAAGAGUUAUCAAGGGUAAGGAGGGACUAAUACUAGACCCUAGGAAUAGAUAUGUCAGGGAACUCAUAAAACGAUCAUCUGUAAGAACACUCAAGGAUGGCACAGAGGUGUUGGUAUUUAGAAGUGAACAAGGUAUUAACAAAAGUGGGACACAAAUAAUGAAACGUGGUAAGACCAAGACUCCAGUGUACUCAAAGGACUCACUUGCUCUGAGAGAAUAUAAGGACCUUCUAGAGAAAAUAAAUGAGGUACCUAUGAAUCCUGACAAUAUAAUUGGAAGUGAUGAAUCAAUUUAUGAGGAUACUAAAGAAGAGCCGCAAUUUGAUGAAAGUGGUGAGGAAUACGCUGACCGUGAGAACAUUGAGUUAAUAGAUAUAGGUGCAAAAGUAGGAGACCUUCCAGGGCUAACAAUGCAAGAAAACAAUGAACUGAGAGGUGUUCUUAACCCACCUGAUGGAUCAAGCAUAGAAGGCAGAACAGGUCCCAAUGGAGCGUUACAAAUACAAGCGGACUACUUUAAUGAAGCUAUUGGUGAAACCGUGGAACGCGCCACGUUAGCGGAAGGUACAACUGAGUAUAAUUUCCUUCUAGAAAGAAUUGACAGUUUGAAGGAAGCUAGGGAUAGGACACUAGAGCAGGGAACAGUAGAGGAAGCAAGAGAGGCACAACAAAAGGACAUUUCUAGAUUACGUAAGUUUGUGAAAUGGUUAGGGGAGGAGAAGGUGGGUCUAACUGGAAUAGCAAUAUCAACAGCAGGUCUAAUAACAACUCUUCUUGUCCAUGCUAGGGGAGCCAUUGUGAAGACAGCAAAGGCCACUGGUAAAGUAGCAAAAGCAUUAGCAAAUUUAGCAAAGAAGGCAGGGCCAAUCCUAGUUCCAAUCCUGAACACCAUUGCAACGGCGCUGACGUGGGGAGCCAAAGGAAUUGCUUGGUUAGCGUCACACUUAUGGGUAUUAGCUGUAGCAGCUGCCCUACUUGUGUACAACCAUUACAGCAAGUAA